GCUGACGCUAAGAAUUUAGAUCUAUACCAUGAUGGUCCAGCGCGCGAUGGUCCGCAAAACACCCACCGUGCUUUGAAGAUAUAUUAGAAAUUUGUUAAAUGUCAUCUCGUGACAUUAAUUGUCGUAAUUAUCGUGACGUUAAUUACGAUUGAAUAUGGAAAGUUCUCGUUCGGAGGAAAUGAAAAUACAAAAAUGCCGAUCCGAAGAUGCAACUCGAAUACCAAAAAUCCUCGAAACAAAAGUAGAACCGCUAUUUUCCUUGCCGUCAGACUUAAUAACUCCCAAAAGAUGUAAAAGGAAAGAAGAAGCGCCAAUUAAGGGGCAGAAAAAAAUGCAAAAAUUUCGUAAUAGCCCUUACACAGCGAAACGCCUUCAUGAGGAAAAUUUUCGCAGAUUUCUGGUGGGCUUGAUAGUGAAACCUGAACUACCGGAAAAGGAUUGGGAUUUGAGUGACGAUAAAGAUGUCAAUAGAUAUUAUUAUUAUCUUUGCAACGGAGUUGAUACAAUUCACACGGCGAGCAUUGACGUCUUCAUCGAGGCAAUUCUCAAUCUGGUUCCUGGUAUCUUACGCGAUAAAUUUCCCGAUUUUGCCAAUAAUUUGAUGCUCGAAAUCAAAGAGGACUUCACGAAGAACAUAAAGAAGGCCAUUGUUAAAUUCGCGCUCACACAUCCUUCCGAGGAACAUCCUUCAAAGUUUGACGUAAUCCACGAACGAUACAUUCAAUUGGACUUGCGAGAACAUGUAGAACAUUGUCGCAAAGUUCUGCACGCUGAUCUAUAUUUAAUAAAUCCGUGCAUGCGAAUGACUUUGGAGCAGUGGGUUCGUGAUUACAGUCAAUUUCGGCUGAUCAAUUUGGAGCAUGUCAUCGCCCACAAAGAAAGCUGGGACCUAACGAAUUUUCAUACCUUAAUCACUCAUCAGAUCAUUGCUAACCGGCGAAUUUUGAAGAAAGUCUGGUAUAGCGGAAUUCAAGAGAUAUUUCUUGUGAACAAUAGGAAGAAGAUGGUGCCCAGCCUAUUGCAACGCAAGGAAUUUAAACGAUUUUUCGAUUGUGCCGGCAAGCUGAUGGAAUCGCAACUUUUAAAAGCUUGCAAACGCUCUUUGCGGGAUUUCGUUAAUUAUGUCGCGGACGGCAAGGUGAAAUAUAUAUAUUCACCACCCGCGAUCGAUCGACAUGAAAUCAUUUCCAGACUAGGAAACACGCACGCGUUCGGCGUGCGUUUCCUUCCUUCGUUUAUUCGCUGUCGCGCAUUAUUGGAACGCACCGAGACACAAUUUCCAUCAAUUUCUGCUUAUCAAGACUUUUCAAGGCUCGUCCGCUCGUUUGAGCUCGCCUUGAGCCCCUAUCGCACGCGUAACCCGGAUGUUUUAUGACAAUCAAUUUAAAGUUUAAAAAUAAAAAAUAAUAGAAAGCAACAAUAAUAAAGGAUAGUAGGAAAAAAUUACUGUCAUAUUUAUAAGAGAAUCAGAAUAAGCGAUUGAUUGAAUAAUACUUAUAAAUAAAAUAAUUUU